AUGGAAUCUGCGUUGUUAGAUUUUAAGCGAAUUCGGGCGAAAUAUGUUCAAAGGAAGGUUGGUACAGAUUUACAGUAAAAUUUCAGAUUUCUAAUUAUCAUGAGCUCAUAUUUGGCAUUAAAAUUUUUUUGAAUUGAGAGCUUUCCAAAUGUUUUAAAUCCAGAAUUGUUUUUUUUAAUAAGGAUCACAAUUUUCAAAAAUUCACAAAAUUGUUUUAAUUGACACAUACACCGCUCCGAAAUUUUUCAAAAUUUUGUUUAACUGAGCAAUACUCAGAAAUUUUUUCAGAUUUUCUAAAAUCCAAUAAAUGUUCUAAAAUCCAAUAUUUUUAAUUUUGAUUAUUUUCUUAGAUUCUUAAAUUCGAGUUCGAAAUCUUCAUCAAAUUCGAAAAACACACUCGAAAUAUUUGGGCAUUAUAUCAACAAUCAAUAAUUGGAGAUAUCAAUGUUCCCAGUGAGUUUUCUAGUUUAUUUUCGAUCUUAUCUGACCUGAAAAUAAUUUCAGAACUCGAUUACAUGGAAAUCGAUGAGGGUGAAAAAUCGUGGAUGUGGAGAUGGAUAAAUGGAAAUGAAAAAUGGCAUGCUUGGAAUAAGUUAAGAGGUAAACACUCAAUAUUUAGGUAUGGGGUGAGUCAAUCGAAUUAAUCGACGUGUUUUUGCGAUUAAUUUACAAAAAAAAGUGAGUCUUUCAGGGCGAUUAAUUUCACGUUUUUGUCAAUUCCUCGCUUUCAUUUCUUGGCAAAAAUCCUCAUUUUUGCAUGCAAUUAAUUGCAAAAAAAUGUAAUUGAUCGACAAAAAAGUGAAAAAAUCGCACAAAAAAGACUCCCAUUUUCUGUCAAUUAAUUGACAAAAAAUAAAAUUGACUCACCCAAGUAGCCAAAAUAUAUUUUGUUUUUUUUUAAUUUCAGGUAUGUCAAAAACUGAAGCACGUGAUCAAUAUAUCGAAUCAGUUCAAAAACUGGAAACUGAAAUAAAUAAAUUGAAUGAAAUUUGGAGAAAUGAUGAAUAA